AUCGCGGCUCCCCUAUUUUAUCCUCGUCCUUCAUCAUCGCCGUCGUCGUACUCUGUACAUACACUCUCAAAACACUUUAACAACCCUCUUCAAUCAAUCUAUCAUGUCUGGCAAAGUCGGCGGAAAGGCAAAGUCUGGUGGCAAAGCCUCUGGUGAAUCUUCAUCCAAGUCUCAAUCGCGUUCCGCCAAAGCCGGUCUCCAAUUCCCCGUCGGUCGUGUUCACCGUCUCUUGAAGAAGGGCAACUACGCACAGCGUGUUGGUGCUGGAGCACCUGUCUACCUUGCAGCCGUAUUAGAGUACCUCGCCGCUGAGAUCCUGGAGCUCGCCGGUAACGCAGCCCGCGACAACAAGAAGCAGCGUAUCGUUCCUAGACAUUUGCAACUCGCCAUCCGAAACGACGAAGAGCUGAACAAGCUCCUUGGAGACGUUGUCAUUUCACAGGGUGGUGUCGUUCCUUUCAUCAACCCUGAACUUCUGCCCAGUAAAAGUGCAAAGGGCAAGAAGGAGAGCCAGGAAGUAUAAUCUUAUUCGAUUUAUUUUCGUUCUUCGGUGUAGGAUGUAUUUGUAUUUUUUUUAUAGUACUCGGUCUUAUAUAUCAUUUUCUCACUCUGGAACAGCAUCUCGUUGAUCCUGUUCUCCUAA